AUGACUAGCAGUAAGGUGAAGAUUUCCUACAUCACCAUAGAUUCUGCAAGGAAAGCUACCUUCGGGAAAAGAAAAAAGGGUCUGUUGAAGAAGGCGAGCGAACUAAGUACCCUCUGUGGGAUAGAAGCUUCAGUGAUUAUCUAUAGUCCUUAUGACGCUCAACCUGAGGUUUGGCCAUCCCCUGCAAGAGCCCAACAAGUGCUCUCGGACUUUAAAAAGAUGCCUAAGAAGGAUCAAAGCAUGGGGAUGAUGAGCCAAAAGAGCUUCCUCAGGCAAAGGAUCGAACUAGCCAACAAACGGCUCAAGAAGCAGUGCAGGGACAAUCGCGAGAAGGAGAUCACACAAGUCAUGUUCCAAUGCCUGGCCGGACAAGGUUUAGAGAAUUUGAACAUGAUGGAUUUGAAUGACCUUGGGUGGUUGCUCGAGCAAAACCUAAAGGAUAUUGAUAGGAGGAUUUCUAUGUUUCCCCAAGCGUCUCAAUCCCAAGGGUACGCAACAGCAGCAUCAGCAACAAUGGCAACACCAGAAGCGAUGCUGAAUAGUGGAGAGAAGGUGGAGGUAAAAAGUCCAGAGCGUGGGGUCAGCCCGGAAACAGAGCAGAGGCAACAGUUGAUCAAGGACCUCAUGCACUCACCAGAGGACAUGGGACUUGAUUCAAUGCUUUCAUUUGGGGAUAACAACCCCAAUGCUUUUUUCCCUUAG